AUGACCGAAGACAAACGCGAUGUUCAUAUUUCCAAGUCAUUGGCGUACUUGCUUCGCCAUGGUGCAGUCAAAGAGGGUCUGGAUAUUGACAGUAACGGGUACAUACUAGUCGACGUACUACUUCAGCAUAAUAGGCUCAAGAGUUUGCAUUGUACGUUGCAGGACGUCGAUCGAGUUGUGGCCAACAAUGCAAAAAAAAGGUUUCACAUUAAAACUCAAGAAGGGCACUCACUAAUAUGUGCUACGCAGGGCCACUCUAUAGAUGCUAUAGCUCCUGCAGACGAAGUUUUGCAAAAGGUCAGUGAUUUUAAACAAAUGCCUUCAAUGCUGGUCCAUGGCACCACCCUUAAUAACUUAAAGCUCAUAAUACAAACAGGCUGUAUCAAAAAGAUGCGCCGAAACCAAAUACACCUGGCGCCUGGGGUUACAGGCGUCGAUGAAGGAGUCGUGAGCGGAAUGCGGAUUUCCAGCAACGUCUACAUAUACCUGAAGCCAGAUGAGGCUCACAAGACUUUGGAAGUGUUUAGGUCAAUGAAUGACGUUUAUCUGACUCCAGACGAGAUUCCCCUUGAGCUAUUUGAGAAAGUUGUCUUACGUGAGAAUGCCAAAAAUAAGUCUGCGGUGAAUGAGGCGCGACAAUUACUAGAAAACAGAAACAUUCCAUGUUUUACGGUCAGCCAUGGAGAUCAGUGCUGA